GACUCAAAUUUCCAACUGUUUUUACACCUUGUUCAUAUUACUGUCCCUAUUUAUUGUUGCAGCUAGAGGAUAACAAGAAUGAAUGAACCUGUGCCAAAAAAUACUUUUAUUUGAAGAAGUUAAACCAACCCCUUCAAAUUGGCAAAAAGAAUCGAAUCUGAAACCUUGAGGAGGAGCACACUCCCAGAUUCCAAGCCAAUAAUACCACUAGUCCAACCUAAAUGGAUUUGAAUAAGAAAAUACUAUUACGGUAAGAUACGCGUGGCAGCUGAAAAAGGUAGAAGAAAAUUUCAAAAUAGAGCACUUAAGCUAGGAUUUGAAUCUCUCAAUUAAGCCACUCAUCUCAAUUGUUUCUUCGGCUUAGAGGCACGUAUUAAUCUAGAAAGACCUUCAUGGAGCAAAACAUUAUACAAAGCUCUAUGAACCAACUUAAGUUGACAACACACUACUUGACUAUUGAGUUAUACACCUACUUCUGCCAUGGCUCCUGAGCAAGAAGAUUCCCAAGAAGAGUCAAGAACAAUUCACGUCAAAAUCUUGGUGCAUAAACAAAGCAACAAAGUUGUAUUUGUGGAAGCAAAAAAGGACUUUGUUGACACUCUUUUCAGCUUCCUAUCUCUUCCACUUGGCACAAUUGUUCGCCUUUUAGCCACCAACAACAAUAACAAUGACCAACAACAGCAUCAACAACUCUUGGAAUCAUCACCAUUCCUUGACAACAUCAAAUACAUCUACCAAACUGUCCAAGACAUAACUUCAAAUGAUGUUUGGAACAACCCUUUAUGUAAGCAAAUGUUGCUGCAUCCGAGGAAUCCAUGUGAAUCACAGUGCAUGAAGUUGUUCUUGAAUAUUGAUGACACUGAACCAUCAAGUAAGUUUUAUGUGUGCGAUUCUUGUUUCAAGUUCACUACUUUUCAGAACCUUGAUUGCACUUGUGGAAAACCAACAAACAGACAACCUCGUAAUUUGGAUUCUAAGCGUGUGGAUGCUCAAAAUCAGGCCUUUCUUAGAGAAAAUGGUUCAACUUUUUUAGUGUUCGACGAUUUGAAGAUUGUGCAAAGUUCGGCUAUGACUACCUUAAGCCUGUUGAAGGAAUUGGGUUAUUCAGAUUUGACUCAACUAGAGGAAAUCACACACAACAUUGACAAGCAAGAGAUAUUGAACCUACUCAAAUAUAGCUUAACCUCUCACGAGCCUAUGACAAAUACAAUUUUGAAAAGUAGCUCCAAGUACAAAGGCAACCUGCCUAACCAAUCUUCAUCAGCCGAAGGAGUAAAACCUUGCGCAAGUGGUGGCACUAAAAUGGAUGUUAAGGUAGUUCGAAGUAUAUCUCAGAAAAAGAUAAUCUUUGUAGAAGCCAACGGUGAUUUUGUUGGCUUCAUUUUUAGCUUCCUUACCAUGCCAUUAGGAUCCAUUGUAAAGCUUUUGGAUGGUAAUUCUAUUGCUGGAUGUGUUGGUAAUUUGUACAAGAGUGUGGAGAAAAUGGACUCUUCAUUGUGUACUAACUCACGCACUGUGUUACUCAAUCCUGGUGUAGCACCAUAUUUCGGAUGUCCAAACCAGCCCCUCAACAUUCCUGAUUUACAACCGCCCACUACAUAUUAUUAUGGUACAGGGACCCCAUAUGAAACAUAUAAUUAUAGCUUGAAAAGAGAAGUAAAGGUGGAGGGAGGAGUGAUUUCUAAGACAAAGGAAUCCAUUUUUAAUGCAAGACUCUUGACUGCACUAGACCCUAAAUCCCCAAACAUGUCAAGGGAAGGUGUUGUGGGAUUUGUGCAAAGACUAGCAUUAUAUGGUGUAGGAGAUGAUCUAAAAGUAAAAUCACUUUCUGCUAAUUCUUUCCUUUUAUAUUUGAAAGAAUUAAGCCUCCCCAUUGAAGAUCUUCAAGUGGAGGUGAUAAGCAUUGGUGAAGCCGAGGCUUUGAGCUUCCUUAAAGCAUUCUUGACAGCAAAGUUUACCUUGACUAGUGGACUGGGAAACCUUUUGGAUGUGCCUAAACUAGAAUGAACUUUUUUGAAAGGGCCUAAACAAGUAUCAACUUUUGUUAUGCUAAUUUGAAAAUCAGUUGCAAUUUCAGCUUGUGUUUCGAACUAUAGCUAGAAGAUCUUCGACCUUAGUCGUAAUAUCAGUACUUUUUGGUUGUCUUUUCUGUUGCAACUACUUAAUUGGAUUUGUGAGUUUCUAUUUAUUUUAUGAACUCAAGACGUGGAAUACUUAAUUGGAUUGAGGUUUUUUCUA